CCUGUCCCUUUGAAACCCCUCUUUUUGGGGCCCUGGGGGAGGUUGGAGUGGGGUAUCCUGCUCCCUGGUGCCCUCAGUGGGGUGUCACGGUGACAGCGGAACCCACUGUCACUGUGUGACUGAGCCGUUCCUAGGAGACACUGUCCCCAUCAUAACAUCCCUUUCCACAGGAGCAUUCCGCAGGCUCCAAGCUUUCUGGUGAGGCAGGGAGCUGCUCUCCAGAAGAGCCCAGCCAUGGAGGCUGCCUGUCCCUUUGUCUGUCACCGCACCAAGCUGCGGUCCAUGGGGCAGGACCCACCUGCCCCAGGGCUGGAUGCUGUGUCCCCUUCGGAGAAGGCACUCACCGGGGGGAGCUCUGACCUCAUGGACUUCUAUGCCACAAACUAUGCUGUGGCUCAUGGCUUCCGUCCCCAACUCGGCCACCACACAGGCACUGGCUACGUGACCAACAACCACUCAGCCAUGUCCUGCCUGCUGCGCCCGCACAGCGUAGCAGAGGGCCACUGCCAGGACACCAUGACCACCACCGCUGAGCACUUCAAGCCCCUCUGGCUCCCUGAUGGCAGGAGCAUCCUGCCCCGCCACAUCCACCAGCCACAGAGCGGGUACCUGCAGGAGUGCCCCCCCUCCUGCCUCCGUGCUGGGAUGGUGAGUCCCCGGCACAUGAGGCUCCUCCAAAGCCGGACCAGACUAAGCGAGAACUGCUGCACUGGUCCUCUCCAGCCAGAUCUCCUGCAGAAGGUCACCAUUGGCACCAAGGAGCAAUCAGGCUUCACCAAGGCCACCAAGAGGACCGACUCCUUCCUGCCCCCUCUGCCAAUCCGGCAGGGCCAGCCCCUCAGCGUUAGCCUCACCGCAAGGGAUUACCUGCCCUCUGUGCACAGCCACGGCAGUGAGAUGCUCCCAAUGCUGCCAGCAGGCUCGGAGCGAGGCAGCGGGUUCACCCGGGAGGGCCAGAGCUGCCUGGGCACGGUGGUCUUGCCCACGCUGGGACACUCGGUGUCCCUCGUGUCCCAAGGGCUGGAGGCAAGCCGAGAGACCCAGGCCAGGCUGCUGGGGCGGCAGGCUGCUGGCAGGAUGGAACAAUCAGGGUACACCACUAACUACGGCCAGUACGUGACCCACCGCCUAACCCCGUCCUCUGCGGCACCAGCCCGGGAUGCAACCUGGAUAGCGAGACCCAUUGGUGGAAUCCAGCCCCAGCGUCCCAGCGGCUUCAGCACCAACAACCACCCCACUGGGCUGGGGGAUGUCAUUGACCACCUCCUGGUGUGACACCCCCCGUUGUCCCAGCCUUGGGGGUAGCCCCAGCUUCAUUGGGGACCCCCAAAUCCCUGGAAGUUUUCCUUCUUCCCCCAUGGAGGAAUAAACACUCCAAAGCAACCUU